AUGAUGUCGGUACCUCUUCAAGAAUCGGAGGAUAUACUAGAAGAGCGAGUAAUCAAUGAAGAAUACAAAAUAUGGAAACGAAACACACCGUUUCUUUAUGAUAUGAUUAUGUCCCAUGCUCUUGAGUGGCCAAGUUUAACUGUCCAAUGGCUCCCAGGUUUCGAAACCACUGAUGAGGAUUACUCUAUUCAUCGUCUCAUUCUUGGCACUCACACAUCUGAUGAACAAAACCAUCUUCUAAUCGCUACCGUUCAUCUCCCAAACGAUACUGCUGAAUUCGAUGCCAGCACUUACGAAAGUGAAAAGGGCAAUUUUGGUGGAUUUCAUUUUCCCUCUGGAAAAUUGGAAAUUACCAUGAAAAUCAAUCACGAGGGGGAGGUUAACCGUGCAAGAUACAUGCCUCAAAAUCCUGAUAUUAUUGCCACCAAAACGCCUAGUGGUGAUGUUCUUGUCUUCGAUUAUGCUAAUCAUCCCAUUGGUCAGCAGGAGCAGGACUGUCACCCUGACUUACGUCUAAAAGGCCAUCAGAAAGAAGGUUACGGGUUGUCAUGGAAUGCAACUCAUAGUGGACAUCUUCUGUCAGCAUCUGAUGAUCAAACAAUAUGUCUUUGGGAUGUCUCUGGAACACCUCUAGAUGGUCGUAAUUUAGAUGCGAUGGCAGUUUUUACCGGACACCAUUCAGUUGUUGAAGAUGUCGCCUGGCAUCUUAUGAACGGUCAUGUUUUUGGUUCCGUUGCCGAUGAUAACAAACUGAUGAUUUGGGAUACACGCACUUCGGGCCGAACUAAAGCUCAACAUCAAGUUGAUGCCCAUACAGCUGAGGUUAAUUGCCUGGCUUUUAAUCCCUUUUCGGAGUUUAUUCUUGCGACGGGUAGUGCUGAUAAGACGGUUGCUUUGUGGGAUCUUCGUAAUCUUCGCCUUAAAUUGCAUUCCUUUGAGUCGCAUCGAGAUGAAAUCUUCCAGGUUCAAUGGUCACCUCACAAUGAGACAAUCCUGGCUUCUUCGGGUACUGAUCGUCGAUUACACAUUUGGGAUUUGAGCAAAAUUGGUGUCGAUCAGACUAACGAGGAUGCUGAGGAUGGCCCACCUGAGCUCCUCUUCAUUCAUGCUGGCCAUACCGCGAAAAUCUCCGAUUUCACAUGGAAUAUCAAUGAACCCUGGGUCAUUUGCUCGGUAUCAGAGGAUAACAUCCUCCAAAUUUGGCAAAUGGCCGAGAACAUCUACAAUGACGAGGAAUUGGACAUUGGUAUGGAGAUGGGAGAUCACUGA